UCUCUUUCUCUUCUGCCUUUCUCUCUCCAUUUUACUCUAUCUGCAUAAAACAUUAUACAUCCUAAUUUUAAAAUGCAAAUGUGUUUAGUUAUGUGUUAGAAAGGAGAAGCUGGCACACUCUUACAGUAUUUGUGCAGAGAGAAAGAGGUGUGGCAGUAGUCCUGACAUUAGUACACUGAUGUCCUGACGAAUGACUGCAGAGGAAUUUAGUUUAAUAUUUGAUGAAGUAGGAUUUAAACUAUAGUCAGCUGGAAAAAUCAGGACUGAGACCAUGAGAAUAUCACUUAAAGUCAUCAUUUACUUAAUGACAGCUAGUGUGAGUUUACUGGCUGUGACAGGAAACAAGGAAAGACCAGACAACAUAAACUGUGACAAAUCCCCAGUGAUCCAGAAGGCAUGUCAUGGAGGCUCUGCUACCAUCAACUGCGAGUAUCCAAAAACAAAAGAAAGCAACGUCAAACACUUCUGUAGAGAAGAUGGAAACUUUAAUUGCACAAAUCUGAUUUCAACUUACACUUCAAAUCACACAAUACGAGGCAGGUUUUCUCUGAUAGACGACAAACAGCAAGGAAUCUACACUGUGAUCAUUUCCACACUGACCCAGGAUGAUGCUGGAAGAUACCGGUGUGUUAUGGAAAGAGCUGACAGUUCCACUGCAUGUUUAACUAAGAUCGACCUGCAUAUUUUGAACUGGGUUGACGUUACAUCAAAGACAAUAAAUCACGGCACUGGAGAAGCUGCCCACAUUGAGUGUACCUAUCCAGACAGCCACGAGAGCAAUGAGAAAUUCCUGUGCAAGGGAGAGAAUCCUUCUAACUGUGAGAAGCUGAUACACACAUCAGACAAGGAGACAUAUUUUUCUAAAGCUGAAAGACGCAAAACCAGAGAAUCAGUACUGCAACAAGAUGGCAGCACAUCUGACCAUCCAACAGAUGCCUCCAUGACCUCAGAUUGGAUUGCCCCUGUGGUAGCUGUGGUAGUGUGUCUGGUGUUGAUACUGAUACUUGUGCUUGUACUUGUACUGUGCAGACACAACCUCCCCUGUACACAAGGGGGAUCAUUAGAGCAGAGGACGAACACUGCUGAACAUACCACAGAGGAAGAUCACCACUUUGACGAGAUACAGAUGUGGAACCAGCAGGCAAGCUCAGGAGAAGCACUGCCGUCCGUUUAUGCCACCGUCAACCUUCCAGCAGACCAGCUCCACUAUGCCAGCGUCAAUUUCCAGAUGGACUCUGUCGGUGUCUCGACAGAUAGGAAUUCGCUUCCUGACACAAAUAAAAUCUCCUCUAACAGCAGGUCUCAGGGUGUCACCCAUCCUUCAACAGCAGAGCAGACUCUCUAUUCUACAGUCACAAAGCCUGGGGAACCAUGAGAUAGACUGGCUGUCUUUUACCUGUUGAUGUUAACGGUACAGUUUGUUAAAUUUGUUCUAUGUACAUAAAGUCCAUAUAGCCACAAUAUAAAAAAGUAGAUUCUGCAACAUUUUAGAGUAAUUGACACUAUCAUUUGACACAAUGUAGCGUUUACCAGUUAGCUAGUUAGCAUCUAGUAUGGCUGUGUUUGUGACAUAUGUAAAUAUUAAUGUAAAUGUGCUCUGAAUAUAAUAAUUAAACUCUUGUUUGAGAAUACUGCUGUCUCUGGCUUGGGUCACUCAUUCUCAGUAAAUCUUACAUUUUACUCAAGCAAUUCUUUUCUUUUUUAAUU